AUGGCUUCGCCAAGUACUGCUGCUGUGUUGGCCGUGCUUGUCGUCGUGCUGUUGGGAAUGGGAUGCCCGGCCGCGGCGACAUGCAGCGACUGCGCGUCGCAGUGCAGCUUGUCGUGCAGCGCCCGCAACUUCCCAUGUAGCAGCGACUGCAGCCCGAUCCCGGCGUGCGUGGAGCACUGCAAGGCCACAGAGGUCCCAAAGUGCGUGGCCGGCUGCUCACAUAGCUGCAACAGGAGCUGCCCGAGCGGGGGGUGCAACUGCGCUACUGCCUGCGACGGCUGCCACAGCGGCGUCGAGAUCCAGUGCAAGAGGAACUGCACCAAUUCACAGUUGUGCAACGCCUGCAAGGACAACUACUCCCGUCAGUGCAACGCCUGCUGCACCUCCUACUGCAACAAAAACUGUGCCUGA